CAUUUCUUAGCAACAAACCAUGGCGUUCACAAGUCGGACGAAUAGUACAGUAUCAUCAGUUUGCAGCCUCCCGUUUUCAUAUGAAUUAAACGUUAUAAGGCAUUCGGCGUCGGCUAUUUUGAAACGCUUGAAUAAAUUGAAACUAGAUUAUAUGGACUGGUGGAAUCGUCAGAACGUUAGUUUUGUUCAUUCACUUCGAUCUUUGCAUAUAUCCUGCUCCGCAAUUUUACCUGUUAAUCACAAAUUAACUACUAGAAAUCAAUUUAAAACUUUAUUAGAAGCUGCAGACAAGAUGACAUUUACUACGGCAAAGAUCAAUAAUAUAAAAACUCUUACGGACUUUUGGGCAAGAUUCCUUGAGCUCUACGAAGAAAUCGAAGAUGCCGUACAAACACCUAUUAGGGAACUAUUUCCAGGAGUUUACAAGUCACUAAUGGAAACUUAUUCUAGGCUUAUCGAAGGAGUUUCAGAUGACUUCGAUAGUAGGCUUUGUAAUGAGCCAUUCGGUUACGAACUGGGACUGGCACAUGAGGAUUAUAGGCAUUUGAUUGCUUUAUUACCGUAUUUACUCAAAUUGGCUUCGAAUCUAUGCUACGUUGUCAUGAAGUUACAUAUCGCAAAGCUGCCGAAUGAAGAUAGUGUUGAAAUUCAAGAUGUUUGAAUAGACAAACGAAAAAAUAUUAAGAUAAUAUAGAGUAUAUAUCAUUGUAUAUAUGUAUAUAUGCAUACGAACAGAACACUUUCCUUUAUAAAGGAAAUAAAACAAACUGUUUUCUCUAUUUAUAUAUGUAUUAAUGAUGUAUAAAUCAUAUACCAAUCUACACACCAUAUACAUAUAUAGAGCUAUAUUUCCUCACAAGAAGAAACGUUUUUUAUUCUAUUUGAAGGACAAAAAAUAUACUUUGUAGAAUAUUU